UGUUUAAAACUUUUAUUACAGCCUUGCUCUGACUUUAUUUUUCUUUAUACAGUUGAUGGACUGGACAAAGCUUCUAUAGCAAACUCAGAUGGCCCCACAGCAGGUUCCCAGACACCUCCCUUCAAGAGAAAGGGGAAACUCUCCACCAUCGGUAAAAUCUUUAAGCCUUGGAAAUGGAGGAAAAAGAAGACCAGUGACAAAUUUAGAGAAACCUCAGCAGUAUUAGAAAGGAAGAUAUCCACAAGACAAAGUAGAGAGGAGCUGAUAAGAAGGGGAGUUCUUAAGGAAUUGCCUGAUCAAGAUGGAGAUGUAACAGUUAACUUUGAAAAUUCAAACGGGCACAUGAUACCCAUCGGAGAGGAGCCUACCCGAGAGGAAAAUGUAGUAAAAUCUGAAGAAGGUAAUGACCUUGUAGCUGAAAAAGCGCCACCUCUGGAGGAAAAGGCGGAAGAUAAGAAAGAGAACACUGAAAACCACUUUGAAACACCGGCAGCUCCUGCUCUACCUCCUCCAGCUCUUCCUAAGCCUAAAUCCAAACCUAAACCCAAAAAACCACCUGGGCCUCCGAAAGGGGGCACUGCUGGGGCCAGCCCCAAGGGUGAUGAAGUCCCUCCUGUUAAAAAAAAUACCAAGGUUCCUGGUAAGCAGGCCCCCGUCCCUCCACCCAAGCCAACGAGCCGAAACACGACCCGAGAGGCUGCUGGUUCCUCUCAUUCAAAAAAAACAACUGGCUCCAAAACGUCAGCUUCACCAUCUACUUCCUCCACCUCAUCUCGUCCCAAAGCUUCAAAGCAGACAGUUUCCAGCAAGACAGGGACAGUGGGAGUCACAAAAGGCAAGGAAAAAACUGGCAAGCAGCCAACGUCUCGACCGUCCUCAGAUGCAGACACUUCUGGCACGUCCGAUCUUAAAGGAGAGCCUUCGGAGACCAGGGUGGAGAGUCUCAAACCCGAGCAGACUGUCCCUGGGACCGAGGAGCAGACCACAGGCAAAGCCAAGUCUGCAGUCCCUCCACCCCCUGGGGCUCCACCGCCGCCUCCUCCAGCCCCUCCUCUUCCUCUGGAGGAGCAGUGCAUCGUUGCCUCGGACACUCCUAUUGUCCUGAUCAGCAAUGGAGCCGACCUGCCCGUCCCUGCCUUAGACCCAAGUCAGCUUCUCUGGACUGAAGAGGCAACAAACAGAACCACUGUCCACUCGGGCACUGGCUUAAGUGUUAGCAGAGAAAAUGCAAAAUGUUUCACGACCAAAGACGAGCUGGGAAAGGCAGCACCUCAGCUACUGACUCCUGGGCUGAUGGGAGAAUCCUCAGAAUCCUUCAGUGCCCCAGAAGAUGAAGGCCACAGGGAAUACCAGGCCAAUGACUCUGACUCUGAUGGGCCUGUCUUGUACACCGAUGACGAUGAUGAUGAAGAGGAUGAGGAUGAGGAUGGCAGUGGAGAAAGUGCUUUGGCAAGUAAAAUACGACGAAGGGAUACUCUUGCUAUCAAACUUGGCAACAGACCAUCUAAGAAAGAAUUAGAGGACAAAAACAUCUUGCAGCGAACGUCUGAAGAAGAGAGACAGGAAAUCCGGCAACAGAUUGGAACCAAGCUGGUCAGGAGACUUAGCCAGAGGCCCACAACUGAGGAAUUAGAGCAAAGAAAUAUCCUAAAACAAAAAAAUGAAGAGGAAGAGCAAGAAGCAAAAAUGGAACUUAAACGCAGACUCAGCAGAAAGCUCAGCCUGAGACCCACAGUGGCAGAGCUACAAGCUCGAAGGAUCCUGCGGUUUAAUGAGUAUGUCGAAGUCACCGAUUCUCCUGACUAUGAUCGCCGGGCAGACAAGCCCUGGGCCAGGUUGACACCUGCAGACAAGGCAGCAAUAAGGAAAGAACUAAAUGAAUUUAAAAGCACGGAAAUGGAAGUUCAUGAAGAAAGUCGACAGUUUACAAGGUUUCAUCGUCCAUAAUGAAGUGCAAGACUCAUUGGAAACAUAGACUGAUCAUCUUUGGGGGAAGCCUCGCUUCCUGAAAACCUGAUAUUGCACUGGGAUUUGAAUGUGUGUGUUUCCGUUGGACUCAUGGUGAAGGAAGCGUAUGGAAAGUGCUCCUCAUCUGGACAGCCCAGCUGGGCCACAAGCAAAGGGAAGGGUGCAGUGACCUUGCUGUCCAGCACGUGUAUUGAUGGUAAGGGACACCAUGGUUAUGCCAGUUACUGUUUAUCAGGAGUGUUCAUCAAAGAAGAUGAGCAGAAGACAAUCGCUGACUCCCUGUUACCAGAAAGCCACAUUUUAGAGCGCGGGUAAAAGAAAAAUGGGGAACGCAAUUGCUGGGCCCUGGAAAGGGGUGGGGGUUGAAAAUCAGAAAGAAAGAGAAAUAUUUCAUUAUGUUAAUGAAGAAAAGAGAAAAUUGAAGCAUAAAUGUAUUUUUCAAGCAGGCUUUUGGUAGCUGAGAACUUAUUAAUGAAUUUGGGAAUCUAAUCACCCAACGUGGAUUCCUUAAAGGACUGAUGCUACAAGAAUAUUCUUGUUUGACCAUUAUGUUGGUACAGUGUAGUACCAUUAUUUUAUGUCGUGCCAGUGAAUCCAAUUGCCAGAAGUAAGUCUGUUUUCAUGCAUCUUUUUCUUAAAUGCAAGAGGCUUUCACUGACUCUUAACGAGCAUGCUUACCUGAAUUUUGUUGCAUGCUUUAAGUAGCAUAGCUAUACACUCUUUACGUUUUUUUAAUACUCCUUACCUAACAUACCAUCCGUCCACAAGGAUAACAGGACUGGGAAUAAAGUCAGAUGUAAUAUGACCCUAUAAAUCUGUAGCAAGCUUUAGAAAUAAAUCUUUUGGCUUUUCCCUAGCUUGAUUAUCUCCAAAGUCGAAAUCACCUUACUUGAUCUAAGGAAGAUAAUAUCGACAGUCACUAUACCUUUAAAAAAAAAAUCCCAAUCCAAAGUUAAACCUGAAGCAAAAUGCAAGUGUUCUGCCAGCAGUUAGCUCUGACUGGGGAUGCAAAGGACUACUUCUUUUCAGUGCUGCAUUAAGUUGGAUUGCUGCUAUUGAAAAAAUAAAGCUCACGGAUCAAAAAAAUACUCACCCAAUGGCUUAAAAGAACACAGAAAAUUUCUGUUAGGUUGCAAGUGAGGAGAACCUCAUUUUGUGUUUCAGGUCUACAGAUUGCAUCCAUAAAUAUAGCGUUGACGUUCAGUGCAAAACAAUCAGUGAGAUUAGGUUUCCCUAUGAGCUUACAGUCAGUAUUGUUUACAUUAAGAGACCUCUAUUGCCAUCUUGCUAUUUUCCAUGGAAUCACGUGCACAGCAUGGCUUCUGCUCCCAAAUACAAAUGACCCUGUAUAGAUACUACCUGGCAUUUAAUUGUUCCUUCA